UUAAACUUUUGUCGUCAUUUGAAGAAAAGUAAGUAAAGCUGCUCCGCAGUUUUCCCGGCAUUUAAACCUAUAAGCAAAUUGUGACUACUUAAAAAGCAAAGCAGAAUGUUCGUGGUUCGUCGUAGCGCAGCCCGCCUGUACCCCGCUGGAGUCCAGCUGGCUAAGAUGAGCAACAGCCAGGUGGGCGACCUGGGCAGUGGCGCCGGCAAAGGAGGCGGCGGCGGUGGCUCCAUUCGCGAGGCUGGUGGUGCCUUCGGCAAGCUGGAGGCUGCCCGCGAGGAGGAGUACUUCUACAAGAAGCAAAGGGAGCAGCUGGAUCGCCUGAAGAACGACCAGAUCCACCAAGCUGAGUUCCAUCACCAGCAGAUCAAGGAGCACGAGGAGGCCAUCCAGCGCCACAAGGAGUUCCUCAACAAUCUGCACAAGUGAGAUGCUGGGCCACCCGGUAGCAGAAGUGUGUUUACUCGAGACAUUUACUUAAUUGCAUUUCACGCUCUAUUUGUAAUACUUGUUUCCAAGAUGUCCCCCCUCGCUCGAUUAAAAAUAACUCAAAGAAGAAAUGUUCAUUGUAUUCGAAAAAUCCCAUGAAUAAAACAACAAUAUUUUAAAGGCUUUAA